AUGGGACUCUCGGAUUUACUCUCAUCAUCAUUUGAAUCGUUGGUCUCUGGUUUACUAUCACCCCAUUGUUACGAUGAACUCGUGUUAAAACAACAUUUCUUUGAUAUGGCCUGCAACAAAAUGUUAUUAAGCAAAAUACUUGGCUAUGCAAUACUUGUUGGCUCAUUAUUAGUUAAACUUCCUCAAAUCGUGAAAAUCAAAUGGAACAAAUCAGGCGUUGGUAUCAGUGUCUUUGCUGAAACCAUUAUGUUAGUCGCUAUAUUUGGAACGAUGGCAUAUGGUUAUUCAUCAGGAUACGCACUUUCGGUCUACGGUGAUUCAUACUUUCUUUUCAUUCAAACCUUAUUAAUCAUCUUAUUGGUACUUUAUUAUCAAAAAAGAUAUUUAGCCGUCGUCGUGUACUUAGUUUUAUGCAGUAUUGCUGGAUUUUUAAUGUUCCAAAACUUACUUCCGCCUCAGUUAGUUAAGACACUAGCUGGCUUAUCACUCGUUUUCAGUUUAAUCAGUCGUUUACUUCAAUCGAUUAGCAUAUAUCGAGAUAAAUCAACAGGGAAUCUUUCUGCGAUUACAGUUUUAAUGUUAUUCUUCGGUUCCAUUGCACGCAUCUUUACAUCGAUUCAAGAAACGGGCGAUCCAACGCUUAUUUGGACAUAUGUCUUAAAUACAUUGGCGAUUUCUUUGCUGAUAUUUCAAUUAGGAUACUAUUGGUCGGCUUCUGUGCCAACUAUUGAACAAACGAAAAAGCAACAAUAA